CUAAUGGCUACUACACUCCUGACAUUGAGUAGCUCUGCAGCUGCUAGUCAAAUUUCCACGAGUUUAAACUCCACAGGAUUUCCUCCUUGCGACGCCCUGAUUGAAUCUGGCUUUAGCAAUCGACUUCUUUUCGCCACGGACCCGGAAUAUGAGCCUCGCAUUGAGAGCUAUUGGGCCUGGAACACACGACGACACCCCUAUUGCAUUGUUCAGCCCCAUAAUGCAAAGGAAGUAUCUACUGCAAUGACCGCACUGUUAGAGAGUGACGCUGGAGCUGGUGAUGGGACCGGUGCCGGCGCCUGGUAUAUUGCAGUCCGUGCAGGUGGCCAUAAUCUUGGAUACUCAAACAACAUCGAUACCGGAGUGACCAUUGACUUGCAAUACCUGAAUCAAACCACUUAUGACCGCAAAACAAACAUUGCCAGCGUUAGCCCUGGCAGCCACUGGGAAGAUGUUUAUGCAGAACUACACAAGCACGGCGUUGUCGUGACUGGUGGUCGCGAUGGUGAUGUCGGGGUCGGUGGUUUUCUGCUGGGUGGUGGCUCCACUUAUUACAUGGCGCAAACGGGCUUUGGCUGUGACUCUAUCACGAACUUUGAGGUUGUUCUGACCAAUGGUACCAUUGUUAACGCGAAUAAGGACGAGCACUCUGAUCUGUGGAAAGCUUUGAAGGGUGGUGGUAGCAAUUUUGGUAUUGUCACUCGGUACGACAUGGAGGCCCUAGAGGACAAGAACAUUGCGCAUGGCCAACGAACAAUGCUGGGAAACCACUCUACGGAGCUAGUGGAUGCGGUGGUUGACUUUACUAACAACCAGAAGAGAUUUGACAAGGAUGCCCUAGUUGCAAUUUUGGUGCACAAGGGGGGAGAGGAUAUCCUGGCGACGAUUGAAGUCAACACUGACGGCGUUACUAACAGUACUGCGUUCAAUAAACUGAGACAGAUUCCACAGACAUCGCCAUUCACUCAAGACGUUGCGCCUCUCUCUGUGGCGGCCGCGAACACAACUCUCCCUGGAAACGCCUGCAUCGUCUUUUUCCAGCCGCUACCUUCAUUCUUCGCCGAAAUCAGCGAGGAGAAGGGGGGCAACAUGUUUGCAGACACCUUGAAAGAUCACAAUGCCAUUCUCUGGACUGCAGGUGUGUUCGUGUACACCAAUCAAUCCGAUUUCGCUGUCGCUCAAUUUCGGAUGAAUGAAAUGGUUGCGGAGCUUAAGAGCUUUUCAUCCUCAGUUGGUGGAGAGAAUCCACUGAUUUAUCUGAACUAUGCCGAUUUUUCGCAGAAUCCCCUCGGGAGCUACCCCAAGGAGAAUGUGGACUACAUGCGAAAGGUCGCGGCUAAAUAUGAUCCAACGGGAGCAUUUCAGACACGAUUCCCUGGCGGCUUCAAAAUCUCCAGAGUAGAAGCCUAA